AGUUAGUGAAAGAAGAGCUGAAUGAAAGGCCGGCGAGCAGCUGCGACUUGACAGACUGAGAAACCGAGGCAACAAAAAACAAAUUAAAGAAGAUAAAACGGCUCUUAGACCCAGCGGAGGAUCGAAAUCAGAAGGAGGAAUCGAAGAAAUGGAUCUGCAGCAGAAAGAGACGACGUCUGGAGAGAUUCUGCCGGUCGUGAUCAUCGGAAACGGCCCCUCUGGGAUCUGCCUGUCUUACCUGCUGUCAGGCUACGCCCCCUACCUGUCGGCAGAGGGAUGGCACCCGAACCCCCUGCUGCACGGCAAGCUGUCGGAGCAGCCUCACCUGUCGCUGCUGGAGCAGGACCUGGAGUAUCUCUGCGAGGGCCUGGAGGGCCGGUCGUCCAACCCUGUGGCGGUGCUCUUUGAUUCGCUGCUGCUGCCGGACAGCGACUUCGGUCUGGACCACACGUCGCCCCUGGAGUGGCGGUACAAACCGGAGCGAGCCAUUCCCCACCUGGUUCUGGGAAAAGGCCCGCCUGGAGGCGCCUGGCAUGCCAUGGAGGGAUCCAUGCUGACGCUCAGCCUGGCCAACUGGAUGGAGCUUCCCGGGCUCAAGCUGAAGGACUGGAUGAGAGACAAGCGCAGAAAUGUGAGGAACGACCGCGCCACCCCGGCAGAAAUCGCCUCCUACUAUGAGCACUACGUGUCCAAGAUGAACCUGGAGCAGAACUUCGCCUGCGGGACCACCGUUACCGCGGUAACCAGGGAGUCGGGUCAGCAGGACGGGUCACCGCCCUGCUGGAGAGUGUCGGGACUGCAGCGGAGACACGGCGAAAUUCUAGGAGACGGUUGCUCGGUUACGGAGGAGGUGCCGUUCUCGCUGUUGGCGCACAACGUUGUCCUGGCGACGGGAACGCACGACGUGCCGGCUCGGCUCGGCGUGGACGGAGAGUCGCUGCCCUUUGUCUGCCACUCCUUCUGGGAGCUGGAGGCGGCCAUCGCCCGCGGCGAGCUCGACCAAUCCGCCGACCCCGUGCUGGUGGUGGGGGCGGGGCUAACGGCGGCCGACGCCGUCCUCGCCGCUCACCACCUCAACACGUCGGUGUGCCACGCUUUCCGGCGCUCGGUCUCGGACCCCGGGCUCAUCUUCAACCAGCUUCCCAAACUGCUCUACCCAGAGUACCACAAGGUCCAUCAGAUGAUGACUCAGCAGCAGCACCAGACCGACCCUUCGGACCGGCCCAGAACCUCCGCGCCUCCUUCCUCUUCCUCCAGCUCGCCUUCCUCCUACCCCGGUUACCUGAGCUUUCCCUGCCACCGGGUCGUCGCCUUCCGGCCCGACCGGAAGUGCAUCCUGGAGUCGGACUCUGGCGAGCAGACGGUGGUCCGGGUCUCCAAGGCGCUGGUUCUGAUCGGCGCUCAUCCGAACCUCUCCUUCCUUCGCGACAACGGCCUCUCGUUAGGCAUCGACCCAGAAGAGCCAAUUUCCUGCCGGAGGAACCCGAUUGACGUGGACCCGUUCACAAACAGGGUUCUGGCGGCGGACGGGCCGGGAAUGUACGCCAUGGGCCCGCUGGUCGGGGAGAACUUUGUCCGGUUCCUAAAAGGCGGGGCGCUGGCCAUCGCUGGGGAUCUGUGGAAGCGGCGCAGCGGCGAGGAGGAGGCCGUUACGCUGGACAUCCUCGACCGCCGGGUCGACGCCCGGGUUCUGGACUCAUAGCUGGGAGCUGAGGCAAACGGACCGACUGGAAAACCCGAGAUCAACUGGACCUGUUCUGGGAUCAGCUGGAGAAACGGCAGCAGGAUGU